CACUCGAACAGCUGUGGCUACUACCGCAGAUGAUAGAAGUAAAUACUAUUCUGACGGUAACAAGAGUAGUGUAGUAUACGUAGUGGUAAAUAUAAUACAAAAUCUACCUGUGUGAAGCGCAUGUGCGCAUUUGUUUCACUACGAUGCCGGCCGCAGCGACAUGGCUCCGCAUCGCGGAGAGAGGCUUAGCUUUAUCUGCAGCAUACUUCUUGGCACGCAAACUGAAGCGAUACGGGUUUUUGACUACCACGGUUUAUGUGGUGGGCAAUGUUUGUGAGGCAGCAUCCGAUGUGGGUACGACCCUAGGGUGGGUUUAUAAGACCGUGUCCGCGUCUGUAGACGCUGCCAGGGAUCAAGGAUCACAGCCAGAGACAAGUGACGUCGUGGAAGAGAGAGACCCUAACAGGACAACACCCAAACCUCUACCGCAAGCGAAAACCCGCAAGGGCAUAGCCAUUGCAUUGCCGAUAAAAGGCAUGUCGAAGGAAGAGAUUAUCUCUACACUCGUCAAAUUGAAGUACAAGGAUCACACGCCGGUGUCACAGAUGCAGCUUACGGACAUUUCUCCGUUCGCCCAGACACUCAGGGUGACCAACCCCGCAACAUCGGCAUCAGAGCUACCCACAGUAGCCGAUGCAUCUUUGGUGGAUGAUAGAGAAAGUUCGGUCCUAGAUACCCUUGAGGCAGGUACGGCGGAUGUUAAGGCUUCGCGAAACCUGUAUGUGAGAGGCGCAGCAACCAAUACUGGGCCUAUAGUCACUCCUUCUCGCAAUCUAUCACGGUCGGCACCACGUGUACUGCAUCGCCAAAAUCCCGAGUACACUCGUAAUGAAAAUAUAGGUCAAGACGAUGGGCGAGUAUGGGAGCUAUACGGUCACGGUCGCUUGAACGACUAUCAUCCACCCCCUUCGGUCCUGCGAAUGGAAUCCGAUGUGGUAUCUAUGCUGGCGCGUGCAUUUAGCGCCCCUUCGAUGGAUAUCGGUGGGUAUGUGACUAGUUCUGCUUGGGAUGUGGCGAGUGAAGUAAUCGGGUGUGCGCUGCAGAAUCGAACGAAUAGCCAGUGCACGGUGGUGCUGGUGGGAGACUGUCACAGAUCUUGGGAACACGUUAUCGAAUCAUUGGGAGCUCAGCGUGUAUGUAUUCCUGUUGUAUGUGGCGCUGAUACGAGCGUAUUGUUGAAGUUGAGGCAGCACUUACACACAGACACUGCAUUGGUGAUUGUCAACCCCUUCACACCAACUUAUAAUCGACUGCUCUCUAAACGCACGGGAACGUGUACUACUGCGAAUUUGGCGUGGAUGGGCGAGAGCUGUACCAAUCUGGUCCAGUCUAUCUUGAGGGUGAUCAAUAGCGCCGAGAUACCGGUGCACGUGGAUAUUACUGAGCAUUCCAUGCUCUUCCCUUCCAUCCCCGUGGCCGUCGCCACAGUCCAAAUAGCACUCAAUGAAGACCACGAACCCAACGAGGUGGAAUUCGAUGAGAGUGCCACAGCUAAGAGCAGUACUGAACUGCUAUCCAGCGUAGCCAACAACCACAGAGGAACUAUGCGUUCAUUGGUAUCAGAAAGUACUACGGGGCCUGUAGUCUCGCUUGGCUUUGGGGUAGACGGUGUGACGAGCCUCUCGGUGUGUGUGGACAGUGUACUGUCGCACGAGAAUACGUGCGCUGUGGUGUAUAGGGACAAAUCAUAUAGACCUGCAGGUACACCCCGUCCAGGUGUCACAUCGGGAUCUAUAGCGAGUGCGUGGGCGACGAUGAUGAAUUUUGGACUCGAAGGGUAUAGCCUUGCUGCCAACGAUCUCGUGGUUGCUAGAGCCAGGCUGUGUGAGAGUAUCGCAGAGAUGGACGAGCUAGACGUGUCUCUCAGCUACGUAGAGGCACUGGCACUGCAAGUACACACCACCCCCACCAUGACCGACACCUUGGGCGCUACGGUAGUCAACACAUUAGACAUCGCCACAAUCGGAGCUCAGCUCAAUGCACGGUCGUGGUUGGUGGACUUUGUGGCUGAGCCACAUCCACACCUGAGUGUGUCGGUAUCACUGGCUAUGAUCCCGUCGUUAGAAGAUUUCUUGGAGGACCUGCAUUCAAUUGUCAAGAAGCAAAAGAUGUCUCGGAAGAUCACAACUGGGAGGAAGCCUCUCACAGCGACCAGUCUAGGCAACGCUCUGCGAUCAAAGCACUCCAAACGAAAGCCGUCGGUAUCACAAUCGACCGUCAAUCCAAACACAGCAGCUUCGUACAACCCUACAGGAUCCAUGCUCAACUACUUUUCUCAGAUGGUCGGGUAUGGCCAAACCGACAACACUGCAAAGGCGGGCAUGGUGCAUCCAGGCAAAGAUCACUUACAAGGGAAUGAUUUUGUGGCGAGAAGGCUCAGGAAUGUACUGAAAGGGCCACAUGGGUCUACGUGACACUUUUUAGAUCCUUCCUUAGUGAACAUAUUAAAUAAAACCCUGCAAACUAUGCCUUGGUAUCUGCAGGUUAGCUCAGAAGGGUUGUUUUAUCUUCUAGAGAUAUCACAGUUCUCAUGCGACUUCAC